UAACGACGUGUCAUAAUCUGAAACUCUCGUCAGAGCAGAAAGAUGGUGCAGGAAAGUGGAGACGGUGAAAAAAGAAGUCAGGGGCUGUCAAAUAGUGGAUUUGAAUGGAGAUCUCCUCGUUUGUUAGUCUGUUCCAUUUUGCUGGUCCUGUUGCUGUUUUACUACAUCGACUACACUCAGUUCUCUGAAAAAUGGGCAACAACUAUUAGUUUAGUGCUUACAGAAACAUUUACCUCUCAGACAACCAACACGUCACUGGCCUUAGGUAGAUUAUCGACGCCCCCUGGACCAUAUUACGUAGCUUACCCACACAAAUAUGAAUUUGUUCUAAAUGAGCCUGAGAAGUGCAAGCAGGAAAACCCAUUUGUGGUAUUGAUAGUACCAGUUGCUCCUGGCAAUGCGGCGUUUCGGGAUGCCAUUCGUUCAACGUGGGGGACGGAGAAGUUAGUGGAGGACAAAGUAGUGAGCCUCCUAUUCCUAUUAGGCCUGCCCUGCCCUAAAGAGCAGGAGAACCUCCAAGAAAGUUUACUUCAGGAAAGCGAGAAAUAUCAUGACAUCUUACAAAGCGAUUUUUUGGACAGCUACCACAAUCUCACGAUUAAGACUAUGGUGAUGCUAGAAUGGCUGACUGCUUACUGCCAGAAUGCAUCAUAUGCGAUGAAAGUUGACUCUGAUGUAUUUCUCAAUGUGAAAAGAUUAGUGAAUAUGCUUUUGUCAGCGCCGAAAGAGAACUAUAUGACUGGACUCGUGACUAGGGGUGGAAUGGUAAUGAGAGACCCCCGCUCGAAAUGGUACCUUCCAAAACAAGUUUUCGCCCCUGCUAGAUAUCCUCCCUACACUCUGGGCUUGGCAUAUGUGUUCUCUUUAGACCUGCCAGCGAAGCUUGUUGAAGCAGCCCGGCAUGUCAAGGCAGUCUACAUAGAGGAUGUUUAUUUAGGAUUAUGCAUGAAACAUUUAGGUAUUUCAGUAACCAAUCCAUCAGAAGGAGGCCUCUUUAAUGUCUACCCUGUACAAUAUAACCGCUGUCGUUAUUCAAAACUCAUCACCACAACUACAAGAAGCUUGAGAGGCCAAAUAAGGUCUUGGAAGGAUUUACAGACACCAGGUUCACCUUGUUAA